GGAGGAACUUAUUUCUCGUGGGUCCGUUAAUAAAGCAAUGUCUCUCCUUCACUUGUCCUCAGCACCUCCAAGCCACAACCCUAAACUCCCGACUUCCAUCACCAAACACCUCACCUUUCCCUUUUCAAUCCAACUGAAUUAUCAAUAAAUCACCCAUCUCACUCACCCUUCCUAACAAACAAAAAUCCUGCAAUCCUCCGCCUCGCAUACUUUUCUUUCUUCCUCUUCUCCUAUCGCAGCCCCCUGGGGUGGUGUUCUCCGUUGAUGAUCCCUUAAAAAGGAUGAAACAAACCCUAGGUGGUGCUUAGUACAAUCCUUCUUCAAUCUGGGGCGGUUUCGUUGAAAAAAAUGGAAUUGCAGAGGUUUAGGCAGUUGAUGCUCCUUUGGUCAAGAAUCCGAAGCACCCGAGUGGCCCUCGUGGGUGGAAACCACACCGCUUCCAGGUUUUGCACUCGCUAAAUUCCCCUCCCUCUCCUCGCCGGCAUCCUCUCUGUCUACCUCUUUCUUUCUCUGAAAUCAUCGUCGUUUGUAAAACGGGUAAAAACCCAUUUACCAGCAAAGCCUGCCACACUCUCUUCUUCCCUUCAUCAACACUUCAAAGUAGAAAAUUUGAAGAAGAAGAGGAAAUGGGGUUGGUUCCAAGAUUUCGAUCUGUCAAGACCCAGUGUAGGGUCAAGCGUCUGCACGGAGGUGGGAAUGGGAUCACUGUGAAUCCUGACGAUCAGCUCAUAAUUAAGCUACCCGAUUCAAGGGUUCUGAAGGUUAUCGCUCGAUCGGUGCUUCUGGCCUUGGCCAUUAUCACUUCUCCUUGGCUUGGGUCACUUAUCAUUUGGGAUUCUUCCGUAUCUUACAGUGCUGUAGCCUCUGAGGUCCGCAUCCAUGGUGAAUCGUUGUUGCCUGUGCUCCUUCGUGACUUAACCAGCGAGGCUCUCUUCAAAUCGGGCGACAAAGCCCUCUUCGUGAGUCGACACGGCGAUGAUGACGAGGUGACAGCACACGGUGCCCAGAUCUUGAACGCCCACGACAUGGAUCUCGUUUCUGAAUCCGAUGCCGAGCGACAGAGCUCGAUCCCAGAUGGCACAUUUGAUUUCGUCUUCGCGUCUGGCUUCCUUGCCGGCAAGUUUAUCGAUAGAAUCCUCAAGACCGGCGGAAUCGUUGCCAUUCAACUGAGCAGCGACCCCUCGAACGCCUUCCACAAACCAUCGAAUUACAAAAUCGUGUAUCUCAGGCAAUUCGAAUCCACGGUCUUGGCGAUGAAGAAGACCGGCCCUGUUGAGACCAAUUCACCGACAAAGAGGCGCCUCUGCGCAUUGUCAUCGGAAGCUAAGAGGGCAGCAUUGAAUGGUCUGGAAGAUGUGCUUCUUGAACCCCCACGAGCUUCUUCAGGGAAGAAGAGCGACAAGUACUUGAAGAGGACCAAAUACCUCCCCGACCUUAUGGGUGAUUCUUUGGAACAGUACCCUCGUCGCCUAUUUAUCGAUGUUGGCUUACAUAACAAGAACGGCAAUGGCAGUCCGAUAUGGUUCUCACGAAACUACCCAACAAGGAACCGAGAUUUUGAGAUAUACAAGAUAGAGACUCUGAACGAAGAGUUGUUGGAUGACGGGGUGCCACAGAUGAGCAUGUCAGACUGGUUGAAGAAGAAUGUAAGGGAAGAAGAAUAUGUGGUAAUGAAGGCAGAAGCAGAGGUAGUGGAGGAAAUGGUGAAGAACAGAGCUAUCUGUUUGGUGGAUGAGCUGUUUCUAGAGUGCGAACACCAGGGCUUGGGAGGGAGGAAGAACAAGAGCAAGAGAGCUUAUUGGGAGUGCUUGGCUCUCUAUGGAAGGUUGAGGGACGAAGGAGUUGCAGUGCAUCAAUGGUGGGGUUGACGAAAAUUUCGACUUUGUUAGAUCAAUAGCAAGCGAAACAAGAGAAAGUGUGUGAGAGAAGAAAAUGAAAUUCAUCUUUCUGUUUUCUUUUGUGUGUGUGUGUGUGUUGUGUGGGUAAUUGCAGAUAGCCUGCACAGAAUGUGAGCGUGAGUGUGAUGUGGAGGAGUACUUUCAGUAUCUUCAUCCAAGUUUUCUUCUUUUUUCUUCGAAAUAAAAUGUUUUCUCCCCCCAGUUUCACUUUGUAUUCCCUUAUUUUCUUCUCUUUUGUUCAGUGUAUGUCAAUGUGAGUGUGUCUCUUCUUACUUCUUAGUGAAAUUGUUGUUCUGUUGUUCAGUUCUUACUUCUGUGCUUGUCUUAAAACUAUGGAGAUUGUCACUGGUUAAAGAAUAAACUUGAUUUUUGUCUGACU